CCUAGUCACAAUUGCAACAUUCCCACUGCUUCUUUUGUUUCCUCGUAUUUGACAGCCAGAAAUCAACGGGAGCCCUUUCUCAUGGUGAUUAGAAACAGCCUAAACAUAAGAUGAUCUUUCUUUUCUUCCCGUCCUUCCUUCCUUCUAUCUUUCUUUCUUUCCCCUCUUCCUUCCGUAAGCCUUUAAAAUAAAUAUUGGGCAAGUUGGACGGAGUGAGAUGAACAGCUCCCACACACAUUUAAACAAAAGAGGUAGAGGAAGACUCCUGAACACAAAAAGAAAAAGAUUGUGUGUGAGCCAAACCCCCUUCAGUGAAGUGCCUGUUCUGGAUGCUGCUGAUAGUGGAAACUGCUCAUGGUUUUUCCAAUAAGCAGCUGCAAUUAGAGCCUCAUCUUUGUGUGAUUGUACAGGGGGCUCACUUCUGCGUCCACCACGGAUUAGAGAAGGUCCUGCAGGAUCAUUCCUCUUUGAAGAUGGGGAGCUUUGUGGUCUAGGGAAAUAAUUGAUUGGUGGCGGGGAGAGAUUUCACAGCAGCAGUGCUUUAUCAUCAGCAGUGGAUUCAUCCAAAGUACCAAGUAGGCUGUUUCCAACUUUGUAAUGUUUUUCGAUCACAUGACAUGGAAAUUGACCAGUGUUUGCUGGAGUCUCUUCCUUUGGGCCAGCGCCAACGUCUCGUGAGACGUAUGCGCUGUGACCAACUAAAGGCUUAUUACGAGCGUGAAAAGGCCCUACAAAAACAAGACGGAUACAACAAAAGAAGAAGCAAGCAAAAGAAAAGUGACAAAGUUAAUUUCCAACUUUCCGACAAGAUAAAAGAUGCAAUAAUCCACCAUGAUGACAAAGAAGUAUUGCAGUUACUAAAGGAUGGUGCUGAUCCCCACACUCUUAUCACUUCAGGAGGAUGUCUUCUUCAUCUGUGUGCACGUUAUGAUAAUACAUUUGCAGCAGAAAUCCUUAUUGACCGAGGAGUUAACAUAAAUCACCAAGAUGAAGAAUUCUGGACUCCGAUGCAUGUUGCUUGUGCAUGUGAUAACCCCGAUAUUGUCCUUCUACUUCUCUUUUCGGGGGCAAAUGUUCUGCUGCAAGAUGUAAAUGGAAACAUUCCUCUUGACUACUCAACCGAGGGAACGGAAUCCAACUGUAUACUUAUGGCUUAUUUAGAAGAAAAUGGUGUUGACCUGACCUCCCUGCGACAGAUAAGGACCCAGAGAGCAGCGGUGAUGUUGGCUGAUGUGAAGCAGCUGCUAGCUGCCAGGGGAAGCGUUAAUGAGAAAAAUGAUGAUGGUGUUACUCUUCUUCACAUUGCCUGUGCAUGUGGCUUUAAGGAAGUUGCUUGCCAGCUGUUAGAGCACAACGCUGACCCGGAUGCUGUAGAUAACCAGUACUGGUCCCCACUUCAUUUGGCUGCAAAGUAUGGACAGACAAAUCUUGUAAAAAUUCUUUUGGUUCAUCAAGCAAAUCCCAAUAUUCUCAACUGCAAUGGGGAUAAACCUUCAGACAUUGCUGCAACAGAAUUCAUGCAAAACAUGCUUCUAAAAGCUGAAGACCUCUCCGAAGAGAUAAAGAAAAACCCUUUCUAUACCCCAGUGUUUCAUGAAGAACAGUAUGAAGAAACCUUACAUGAUCAUCCUCUCCCGACCAGUAAGCUACGUCCAUUGGCUUUGCCAAUUGCAAAGCAAGAUAGUUUGCUGGAAAAAGACACAAUGUUCAAAGACUCUGCAAAGACACUGAACAAGCAUUACUCACAAGACAGUGCUUCUGAACGAAUCACUGUGAAUAGCUCUGCUAAAUUGGAACAGAUCAAAUUAAUGCCUGCUGCUCCGAACGACGACUUGGCAACUCUUAGUGAGCUCACAGACAGCAGCCUGUUGUACGAAAUUCAGAAGCGUUACAACAACAACCAGAUAUAUACCUACAUUGGAAAUAUUCUGCUGCUCGUUAAUCCAUACAAAGAUCUCCCAAUCUAUUCAUCACUGGUCACUCAUUUAUAUCAUAAUAUCUCUGGACGCUUGUGCUCGUCCCUCCCUCCUCACAUUUUUGCUUGCUCAGAGAGAGCAUACCAUAUGGUUUUCCAAGAGAAAAGACCUCAGUGUUUUAUCUUAAGUGGUGAAAGUGGCUCCGGCAAGACAGAAGCCUGCAAGCACAUAGUGAAACACUUAGCCUCCAGGUGCAGUUCCAGCAAGAAAUCGCUGUAUUCACAAAUAAAGCACGUGAAUACAAUUUUAGAAGCAUUUGGUCAUGCCAAAACAACACUUAAUAAUUUAUCUAGUCGUUUUAUAAAGUUCUUUGAGCUACAUUUUUGUGAAAAGACAUCAACUUUAAUAGGAGCCAGACUGUACACAUAUAUGCUGGAGAAGACCCGUCUGAUCAGCCAAGCCUCAGGCCAAAGCAACUUUCUUAUUUUUUACCUUAUGAUAGAUGGGUUGUCUGCCGAAGAGAAAUAUAAUUUAUACCUCAGAAGCACAACUACACACAGGUAUCUGAACCACACAACUCCAGAAGAGAUAAGCACACAAAGCAGAGAGAAUGUCGCUAACCUCAAACAAGCACUGAAUGCUUUGGGAUUUAAUAAUCUUGAGGUGGAGAAUAUAUUCAUGAUUCUCUCAGCCAUUCUGCACAUUGGAGAUAUUCGGUUUACUGCUCUCACUGAUGCUGAAACAGCGUUUGUGUCUGACUUACAGCUUGUGGAACAAGUGGCAGGGAUGCUGCAGAUAUCAUCAGAUGAGCUCUCCACUGCCUUAACAACAGAUGUGCAGUACUUUAAAGGUGAUAUGAUAACUCGUAGACAUGCUGUGGAGACUGCAGAAUCCUACCGGGAUCUUCUUGCAAAAUCGCUGUACUGUCGUCUGUUUAGUUAUUUAGUGAACCACGCCAAUUUCUACCUCCAAAAUCAAAGUGAUCAAAACAGCUAUCCUCCCCUUGCAAUUGGAAUUUUGGAUAUGUUUGGCUUUGAGGACUUUCAGAGAAAUUCAUUUGAACAGCUAUGCAUUAAUCUGACCAACGAAAAAAUCCACCAGUAUAUCAAUGAAGUGUUAUUUCUACAAGAACAAGCUGAAUGUGCACAAGAGGGAGUUUCCAUGGAAACCAUGUAUUGUCCUGGAAACCAUACAACAGUGCUAGAUUUUUUCUUCCAGAAACCCUUAGGCUUUCUGUCUGUUCUAGAUGAGGAAAGCCAGUCCAUACACUCCAUGGAACAAAGCCUCUCCAGACGUCUUCAGUCACUCCUGGAGACAUCAAAUUCAAACACUGUGUAUACAUCAGCAAAAGAUGGGAAUGGCAAUGUCACAUCCAAGGAACAAACCCCUGUCUUCACAAUCAUGCAUUAUGCAGGAAGGGUAACAUAUGAUAUUUCAGGAGCAAUUGAGAAAAAUAAAGAUGUAAUGUCACAGAAUCUACUGUUUGUCAUGAAAACCAGUGAAAAUAUAGUAGUCAACCAGAUGUUUCAAGCUAAACUGACGCAAACGGGAUCACUUGUGCCCCCAUAUCCGCCACUGAGACUCAGAGGACCCAAAGCAGCCUUACUUUUUAAAAAGACAUCAGUCCCUUCAAUUGGUGAGACCAAAAAAAUCCUGGCGGUCAGUAAGUUGUUAAAAAAGAAAGGAUCUUCUUCAUUCCUUCAGAAGCUGGAGCGAGGCGGUCCUACUACUGUGACUAGGCAACUCAGGAAAUCUCUCACCGAGCUGAUUGGGAAGCUACAAGGCAGCACUCUGCACAUUAUGCACUGUAUCAAGCCAAACACUUCUAAGCUGGCUGAAACGUUUGAUCAUUUCUAUGUGUCUGCACAGCUGCAAUAUACUGGAGUGUUGGACAUGGUGAAGAUAAUACGGUAUGGUUACCCUAUACGCCUGGCUUUCCCCGACUUCUUGUCAAGAUACAAGCAGUUAGCUGAAAUUUUAACCAGAGAAAAACACAGAGCAUCACCCGAAGAGAAAUGCCGCCAUGUUCUAGAGAAAUGCAAGCAGCACGGAUGGCAGAUUGGUGUUCGGAAAGUCUUUUUGAAAUACUGGCAAGCUGAUCAACUUAAUGAUAUGUGUGUACAGCUACAAAGAAAAAUUAUAUUGUGUCAGAAAGUUGUGAGGAGGUUUCUAGCAUGUCGACGCCUGAAGCAGAAAAUGAACAUUAAACAAAAUGAAAUUACUUGCGUAGAAGACUUCUUUCUCACCGUGGAGAACCUGGGACAGCAAACCUACCACUCUCUGGUCAUCCAGAAUGCAUCAGACAUUGCUCGGGAGAAAGACAAACUUCGUACUGGAACAGAUGUUAAUGACACAAAAUUAUCAUCUUGUGAUAAAGAAAAAAACUCUAACAGAACUGAAGAAAAGGGUAUGAAGACUUUGCAAAAUAACUCCAUAGGAUAUCGUUCUACGCCUAAUCUUUUUCAUUCUGAUUCUGUUGGGGUUCCCCUAAGUUCUGGAAGCCUGGUGCGGUCUGCAGUGGGAGGAUCUGUCCGAUCCCUUUCUCUGCACACUGUGUUAAGCUUAGAUGAUAAUCUCCAGUCUCCACGGAAACAACCUCCUCCAAAACCAAAGAGAAACCCUACCACAAGAUUAAGUGUUUCGUAUGAAGCUGUUAGUGCCUGUCUUAUUGCAGCUGCUAAGGGCAUUGACAAUGAAGCGCUGUCUCGGCCAAGACCUCACAGUGAUGAUUACAGCACAAUGAAAAAAAUUCCACCACCAAAACCAAAGAGGAGUCCUAAUACAAAACUGAGUGGCUCUUAUGAGGAGAUAUCCGUUCACAGGUUAGGAGAAGCAAAACCAUUGAGCAUUCUAGUCAAGAAAGGUCAUCGGGACAUUGGAACCAUACAAAGAGCAGCUUCUGCAGAUGGACCACACCAUGGAAAUCUUACGUUAUACAUGUCACAGGAAGAAGAUGAGACCGAACCAGUAUAUAUUGAGAUGGUCGGUAAUGCCAAGAAGAGUUGUUUGGCAGGUGCCAGUAGCCCAGAACAAGGAGAAGCUGUGUAUGAAGAGAUGAAAUAUUUCCAUCCUGAUCAAAUUAAUAGUAAUACUUUGUUGACGUGGAGUUCUCAAUCAUUUUUACAGAACAUGAACUUAGUUACGUUUGAUGGCAGUAAUAAAAGUAAAAAAUAUGCAGAAGAUGCAGACUCCAAUGACACUUAUGAUGUACCCGCUCCAUUUCCAAACCUCCUUCCUCAUAGACCUCCUCUUUUGGUAUUUCCACCGGCACCAGUUACAUGUUCUCCUGCUUCUGAUGAAUCCCCUUUGACACCACUUGAAGUUAUACAACUUCCUGUUCUUGAAACCAAUAUUAACUAUUCUAUACAAUCAGAAUGUUCCAGUCCUUUAUCACCUCAGUGUUCAAAACUUCAAAAGGGACAAAAUGAAAGACCCUCAUCCCCAGCACUAGCUGUGUUCAGUGUGUCAAGCAGGAUGUCUCCUCCUUCUACUCCACCUAUACAGCAAUCUUCAGCAUCUUACCAGUCCUCAACACAUUUUACUUUUCCCACAGAAACUCCAUAUGCCUUAUUAGUUAGUACUGCAAAGAAGACUAUAAAUUCAGAGACACUGAAAGCUGCUUCUAGAGCCAGCCCCGUUGUAUCUGAUAGUCCCUGUAGCACAAUGACCAAGCUGCCUUUUUCUUCCCCAAUGAAAAGAACUGCACAAACAAAAUCCCUUUCUUCAUUCCCAACUAGUAUCACCAAUGCGAGCCAUGUUACAAGUCCACUCGAUGAGUUGACCACUCUCUUUAAUUCAGGAAGGAGUCUUCUACGGAAAUCUGCAGCUGGCAGGAAGAUUCGAGAAAUGGAAGGUGUUGAGAUGAAUCUGAAUGCGAGCAGUGGGGAAGAUGCUGCUAUGCCAGAAACUCAAGAUACUAAUGCAAAUAAUCAAGACAACCAGCCAUCAAGCACUUUAUCUACCUGCCUACCUUGUGAGAAUGGAAAUUCUGUAAAUAGUGGUCUGUCUGGUGAAGAUAUGAACUGCAAAUAUCGAAGCAACACUGCAAACCCAUCUGCACCAAGGAACAAGGAACACCACAGUAGCCAGGUUAUUCAACAGUUAAGGUUGUCAGAGAACGAGAGUGCUGCGUUACAAGAGCUAAUGGACUGGAGACGAAAGCUAUGUGAAGAAGGUGGGGACUGGCAGAAAGACUUAGCACAGACUGAACAGAGAAAUACGGCCCCCACUCAGUCCUCUUAGAUGGAGUAUACAGAUUAAAGCUGCCAUCUCCUCCAACAAAGAAGCUCUUUUGCUGCCAGAUUCUUAUCCGUGUGAUAUCUUCUAUCUAACAAAGACUAUUCAAUGGAUAUAUUAUACAGUGUUUUUAAAUCAAUGUUACAAUCUACAAAAAUGGAACGCAUGAGUAAUUAUUUCAUUGUCUCUGUGUUAACGUGUGAUCUAUGUUAUUAUAUAUGAUUAUAAUCUCUGUACAUUUUGUCUUGGGUAUCCCCUGAAGUGAGUAGUUUCCAGGGCAAAGAAAGUAAAGUGGAUGGAUUAGCGUAGGAUAGUUAUAUACUGUAUGAAAUAGUCCUCAGACAUUAGGGUGAAAGUUUGUAAAGAUCUUUUUUAUAUAGUGGACAAUUUGGGUAUGGCACUAUACAGAAUGUAAAUGUAUAUAGUUUAUGUGUGCACUUGUGUGUGUGUCAUUACUUAUGUACACAGGAUAAAAACUACAAAGCAGAAUCCUAUGCACUCUAAAAACUUAGCAAAGGGGCAAAUACAUUUUCUGUGACAUUUCCUCGUAGAUAAUACAAAGAAUAAGCAUUUCACAUGUAUACAGCUCAUACAUUUAUCCUAGGCUGAGAUGCUUGUCAGGUUUUCUACUAGACUCUUAUCCUCUUCAUGACUGGGUCAUUUACACCCAUAUAGGACCAGACCAAUUUACCACAUUUUGUGAACGUUAUAUGAAGUCUGACAUCAUUAUGGAGCCCAGGGGUAAAUGUUCAUUACCCUCACCCUAUGUUGCCAUCACACUUGAAUAUAAUACAUCCAAGAGCACAAAUCCUAGGUAAUGCUGCGGUUAGACAAAUAUAUGGAGUCUAGCAGAAAUUUGUAAUAUUUUGGGGUGACCAUCAUUCUUAUUUUUUUAACAAUGGGACACUCUGCAUAGUAGCACAGAUCUAGUGUUAGAAAAAUAUACAUAUCAGUGUUUGUGUCAGGAGAGACCUGAUCUGGACUCCACUGAACUUCUAAAGGAUCUCUCCUCCCAAAUCUAAGCAAUCCCAGUGAUGCUUACACAGACAAAUAGGUAUAGUAAUUAAAAAGUAGUUAUACGAUGAGUAUUUUUCUUUUUUAAUAAACAGUAGUACACAGUUUUGUUCUUUGCUUUUCAAGAAUAUUACUCUUGCUUUGAGCAGCAAUGAGAUUCCUCUACUAUAUAUCAAGUGAGGUCCAUCUCAGAAGGCCAGUACUAUCUUUAAAUUGGAAUGUAUGUAAAAGAAUUUGACUGGCUGCUUAAUACUAAAGAAGAAGCAGCAGCAGCAGCAGCAGCAGCAAUUAAGGGGUCUAUUUAGUAAAAAAAAUAAAAAUCCUAAAUGUUGUUUUUUCCAUCUUUCCAUCGCCUGCAAAGGAGAUAACUUCCAUUGUAACAUAUUAAGCAAAUGCAAAAGACAUCUUUAAUCAUCCAUGCAUGCAGAGCCGGAUUAACAAUGAGGCGGGUGGAGCUUCAGCUUCAGAAAAUAGGCCCACAGCAGGACAGUCACCAGUAAGACUGACCAGGCAAAAAAUGGAGUAAAUCCCCCAGAGCUGCGCUGCCUGGUGGCUACUGAGCACUGCAAGUUAACUGCGGGUGCAGUCACUGUUCUUGCGCCGUUGUGGACACGCUUACCCUCAAAAACAUGCACCGGCUAUCUAUGAGAGCAGACAGGCAGAAGUGAGCAGCUGAGCACCUGAUAGCAUGUAUGUAAGAGCCAGCGCUGGAGAUGCAGGGGUUAAUGGGAUGCACAGGGCUGAUCUACUGCUGCACGGGUCAGUGGAGACCACCCAGGUAUGGGGCACAUGAAUAAAGGUGAGACAGCUGAUGCAGUGUGCAUACUGGGAUGUCUUCUGUAGAGCUCCUCCUUCUGCUACUACUGGAUGAGAGUCACUAUGAUUAUUCUGCCUCUGGAUUGGAAGCACUAAACUGUAAUGUAAGUAAACUGGGAGAAGUACGCUGCUUGUAACAAAGUAGCAGCUGCUCCCAACGUACAUGAGAGGGGGGAAGUGGGGGGGGGGGGGGUUUCAUGCACUGUCACUAGACGUGAUUUCUCCAUUCCUUCACAAUCAGACCCCCUCCUCAAAUUAGGUCACCAAUGAAGUAUACUGUCACCACCUGCAGAACAUAACCAGAUACCUGGAGCCUGCAGUUUCAGCCCAAUUGUAGAACUGACUCCAGUCCAAAAUGGGUUGAUUCUAAAUCCAAGUUGGGUAAGGGACCUCUGACGUGACAAGGGUGCAGAGCCACGUCACCAGAGGGAGGAGCCACGGCCAAACAGGGUAUCUGAAAAUAUACCCUCGUGGGCUAGUUUCGCUCGCCACGCUUCGGGCUCGGUGGCGAGCAAGUAGAGGAACUAUCCCGCUGGCCUAGCUCCUUCCCCUGGUGAUGUGGCUCUCCCCUGAUGUCAUAGGUCCUUUAGGCCACUUGGAUCUAGCAUCUACCGUCCAAAAUGUCUGUCAUGCACUUCUUCAUGGUCCCUGCCCUCCCGACGAACCAUGGGGGAGGGGGUGCUGUACAUUCAAGCAGCUGCUUAUUGGCUGUGACCAGUGCACCUGUGAUACAUUUGAAUUACAUGAUGAUGCAGCCUUAGGUGUGCAUAGCUCCUCCAUACCCUCCAAUACUUAUCUACACCACCUCUUUGACACCUCCAUGCCCACUACUGCCGCCCUGCACUAACCCCCUGACCAGCUACUAUGCUGAACUACCUCCUGUCCCCUCCAUGCCCACCACUACGUCCCUGUCUAACCCCUCCAUGCUCACCACUACCUCUCUGCACUACCCCCGUGACUCACUACUA